GCAGCUGUCCCUCAGCAUGGAGGAAGAUGCCUCAAAGGCUAGCAGUGCGUCACUAUUUGGUGGCAUGACCCGGCCAACCUCAAGCCGUGCCAGCCGCCAGCGAAAUGCCCGGAAGUCUAAAACACGCAGCCUGCCGGACGGUUUCUCGGAGAGUGGGGCAUCUUUGCCCUGCUGGCGCGAUGUCUUCAAGGGCCAGGAAGGGUUGUGGUUGCGCACUGUGCGUCGUGGCACCAACAGCCUGCGGCGGCGAGCAGGUGAACUGGCAAAGCUGGGCCGGGGCUCAGCCUCUACCAAUGGGUGCCAGAGGUCCCUGGUCACCCUUCACUGCUAUGAUAGAGUUCAAGCAGAGACUGUAGACAUGCCUUCGCUGCAUUUGGAAGAGGUCAUGGGCUUUGCAGAGCUAAGCUUCUUCAUGGAUGAUGCCAUGAUCAAGAAAAAUCCCAAUGUGUAUGAAGAGCUCAACUGGCGCCGCCUCUUCCGAACGGACUACUGGGGGCUGGACAUGUUUGAGGGGCCGUGGACCCACAAGUCGUUCCGACCCUUGACAGUGCUGACGUUCCGCUGGAACCAUGCAAUGCACGAGUUCAGUGGUUCAGGCUUCCACAUCGUUAAUAUUAUGCUAAAUGCGGCAUGUGCUGUACUCCUGAUGCUGUUUGGCCAGCGUGUUGGUCUCAGCCUGGAUUGGGCUCUGCUUCUGGGAGCGCUGUUCUUGGCGCAUCCCAUCCACACGGAGAGUGUGUUGUACAUUGUGGGCAGGGCCGACCUGCUUUGCCUGCUUUUGGUACUCUUAGCGGCCCUGGUGUAUGCACCCUGCAUCAAGGAGCGCCCUGGCUUCGCUGUUCUGGCGCCUCUUCUUUCGGUCGUGGCCUCCGCCCUGCUUGUUGCAGCAGGGCUCUGCAAAGAGACAGGCUUCUGCUUCUUUGGCUUACUGGCUGGCUGGGAAAUCCUCAGAGGCUUGAUCAGCACCAGCCAAUCACAUGUCCUGCGUGUGUUCCGCCUGCUGGCCAUCUUGGUCAUGGGAACAAUUGCCUGUGGUGUGAGAGUUUGGUACACGGGAGGGACAUCCAUCGACAACAUGGAUCCGCACAGCAAUCCAGUGGCUGUUCACAGCGAUUGGUGGGUCCGCUUGCGGAGCUACGCUCUACUCCACGGUAUUUAUGCAAAGCUCCUGGUGUUUCCAACCUCUCUCAGCUAUGACUACUCCUUCGAUGCGAUUCCGCUUGUUGUUGAUGCCAGUGACCUGCGCUUGCUGCUGCCGGUGACCGCCUACCUUGGCUUUGCGAUCCUGCUGGUCUUCUCACUAGCUGUACUCAGACCGUCAAGGAGCAAGUCCCCAGCGGAGGGUCCCAUCAUUGGCCUUGCCAUGCUGAUAUUGAGCUUCUUUCCAAUGUCCAACAUCCUUUUCCCGGUGGGCACCAUGAUCGGCGAAAGACUGCUGUACAUCCCCUCAGCAGGGCUGCUGACCACACUGGUGUGCCUCGCCCAGCGGUCGCCAAGUGUGCGGCUAUUUGCAUCUUUGCUGCUGGUGGCGGGUGGGCUGGCUGUUUGGCGCUGUGCUCUGCGAGUUCCAGACUGGAAGGACUCUGACAGCAUCACCACUGCAGAUGGGUUGACUCAGCUGCGCUCAGCGAGGGUGCAGUUCAACCUUGCCAACGUCUACUUGAAGGCCAAGCUGUAUGACGACGCCCUGGCCACAUAUCAACGGUCCAUCACAAUUGAUCCCACCGAUCAUGAUGCCCUCCCUCUGUACCACGCUGGCCAGAUCCUCUUUUUCAAGGGGCAGCAUCAAGAAGCUGCCAGAUACUUGGAGAAGGCGGUCAAUGGCUUCUUCAGCCCUUUGACGAUACAGGAGGAAGAGAUUUGGCAUGACUAUGCGCUGUCGCUCUGGUUUGUACAAAAACCGCAAGCUUCAGUUGCUCACUUCCAGAAGGCCCUGGCAAUAAACCCAGUCUUCACCAAGGCCCUGAACAACAUGGCCUGUGCUGCUGGGCUGGGCGCCAUCACCGGCAUUCUGUCGAAGGAGUAUUACCAGCAUGCCAUCAAUUCCCUUGACCAGGCAGUCCGGAUAGAUCCUGGCAACAUCCUAUACUGGCGGAACGCAGUUGCUCUGAUGCUGGCAGGGGGUGAUGAGCAGCGAGCCACGGUCACGUGGAAUCAGCUGGUCUCGAUGGACCCGCAGGGCGCAGGGCAGCCGCCAAACGACUGCAGCUGGGAGUUCUACUUUAGAUGA